GAUCAGUUAUCGUUUAAGCAGUGAACCACGUGGACGACGGUAGUGUUUAAGCUCCGAAGAAAAGUCAAGCAAGGCGCAUUAAAAGGAAUAUUUUGGAUUAACUUAACAACUUAAAAAAUAUCAAUGGCGGAUAAGUUCACACUCUGCUUCUUGGUGAUUUGCAUGUGCCUUCGGAUGAGCCUAGCCAUGCCAUCGUACGACGACGACAGAAUUGGGCUCGAGAAGGAUCAAUACUUGAGACAAGUUCAGGACUUGCUAGCGGAUCCGUCACCCUAUCUGAUCUUUUCGCAAAAUCCUUACGCCAAACGGAACUCGGAAUUGAUUAACACGCUGCUCGGAUUGCCGAAGAAGCUGGAAGAAGCCGGCAAGUAGAUUGGAUCGACGGUGAGCAGCCAAAAAGACCAGAACUGGUGUCCACUGCUAACCGAACAAAGAGAAGAAAAUAAAACUUAAGUUUCCCGAUGACAUCUACGCGAGACAAACGAGUCAACGCCUCUCCGCCUACACAAUAACAAUGAAUGCCACUGACAUUUUUAACAUUUCACCGCCGUUUGCAGAACACAGCAACGUCAACGACAGAAAGAUAUAAAAAAAAAUCCAUAUUGAUGUUGCUUUUGAGAUAAAUAAAAUGUCUGAAGAAGUUAUUCGUUUAUAA